CUCCUCGGCUCUUCUCCCUGACCUUCAACGGGCGAGGUUUUUUGAAAGCAUCCUCUCUCUCGUCUCCUCUUCAACCCCCGACACCCAACUGAAGCCGUAACCGAAGCCGUAGAGAGGGGGAGCCAAAGCUUACUCUUUAGACCUUCCUACUUCAUAGGAUUUCGGGACUAUCCUCCCUCGAUUCGUGUCAUCUACCUCGCGGUCCCGCCUCAACUGCCGCCUGUCGAUUAGCCGCUCGGAGCCCCAAUUCUAUACGGCUCUUCGAUCUGGGAUCCGCUAGAUUCGCCGGGGCGGUUAUGAGGAGGUGAUGGGAGCGAUGGCGGAGGUGGUGCAGGAGGGGUGCGUGGAGAAUCGGCAGCCCCUGGCGGCUUCGAGCUCGUCCGUGUCGGAUGGCAGCAGCUGUGGCGGCGGAGGGCGGGCGGGGACGUCGCCGCCGGUGUCAAGCUCCGGGAAUUCCAUCUCCGUUCUUAGCAUCAGCAUGCACACAUUAUGUUGCGAUUUGCUCACUUUGUCUGGAAAGUGGAUCCUCAAUUAUGGCAUCUUAAGGCUGCAAUGUAGACGAACAACUGGACCGAUAAGAAGAGCUAAGGGUGGCUGGACACCAGAAGAGGAUGAAACACUGCAGAAGGCAGUUGUAGCUUUCAAGGGCAGAAAUUGGAAAAAAAUAGCUGAAUUCUUUCAGGACAGGACUGAGGUUCAAUGUUUGCAUCGUUGGCAGAAGGUUCUUAAUCCGGAGCUUAUCAAAGGCCCUUGGACUCAAGAGGAAGAUGAAAAAAUCAUUGACCUUGUGGGCAAGUAUGGACCAACAAAAUGGUCUAUCAUCGCGAAAUCAUUGCCUGGCCGCAUAGGCAAGCAAUGCCGAGAGAGGUGGCAUAAUCAUCUGAAUCCAGAAAUAAGGAAAGAUGCUUGGACUCCUGAGGAGGAAAGAGCACUUAUUGAUGCCCAUCAAGUGUUUGGGAAUAAAUGGGCAGAAAUAGCAAAAGCUCUUCCCGGAAGGACCGAUAAUUCUAUAAAGAAUCACUGGAACAGUUCUUUGCGAAAGAAGCUAGAAGCCUAUAGUAGUGUUCUUUCAGCUCCGAAGCUGUUUGUUCAUGAUGAUUUCAAGGAUAAAAUGAAGCCCGUGGCUACUGAUAGCCAUCUUGAUCUGAACCAAAUGCCAAGCGUUGGUUCAAAAGAUGUCCCUGGAAGAGCUUAUUGUACUAUUUUGAGCCCACCUUCACAGGCAUACAAUUUGGACUCAUCAGGCUUGUUUUCUUUUUCUAUACCAACUACGCAGCCUUUAACUUCAUAUGCAAUGUCGUCACUAGUUGAUGGUUCUGCUGUUACAUUGGCGGCACAAGGUCUGCAAAGUGAUUCUGUCCGUGACAAGGGCCUAGAAAUCGACUCUGUACAUGAGAAGGGUGUUGAGGUUGGCUCAACGCCUGAUCCUGCUGGGGUUGAAUUAGAAUCUGCACCAGCCAAAAGAGGUGCAGAAUUAUCUUCAAAGAUUGAGUUGCAUUCUAUCCUUGGUCCUCUUUGUUAUCAAAUUCCAAACAUGGAAGAUGUGGUCCCAAUCAGUACCCCGCUCCGUUCUGAACAUAAUAGUGCACAGAAAACAUCACAACAUUGCAUGUCACCCAAUGGUUAUACUUCUCCCUCUGCAACGAUUGGAAACGUAUCAAGUCAGCUAACUGUUGAUUCAAUUUUGAGGAUUGCUGCUGACACCUUUCCAUGUACUCCUUCAAUACUAAGGAAAAGAAAACGUGAUAAAGCAACACCUGCUUCGGGUAAUGAGUUAAAGACAGGUGGAGUAACCAAUGAUAGCUUUUACACUCCUAAUCGAACGAAUGGGAAGGAUACUACUUCUCCAAGGUCGUUUAAAACUGCUGCAUCUUUUUUGUCGCUGGGUUCUGUUAAUGGGUUAUUGACUUCUGCAAGGAGCUUUGAUUCUUCACCACCCUAUCAGAAGAAAAGGUCAAAAAGAAUGGCCAUCAUCAAAUCAGUUGAGAAACAGCUAGAUUUUUCAGCAGAUGGACUGGAUACUUCUGGUUCUGAGAUUAUGAACUCUCCUUGCCAUAAUUCCCAAGGUGCAAAUUCUAACAGGAUGUAGCAACUGAUUUGAUUGCAAUCUAAUUCCACAAUGUGCAGGAAUUGAUCUCAAUCUUAUGAAGCCAUACAGGACUUAGAAUCCCGUCCUAACUAACCAGCCUCAUGCAAAUGUCCUGGUUCAUGCCAAAAUCCAAAUCAAACACCUUCAGUGGGGACAAGACCUUACCGACAGUUACCCUGUCAUCUCAUGUAAUCAGGGGUGUACAAAAUACUGUCUAAAUUGAAAGCACAUUCCAUAGAAGAUUACAUUGUUUGCUGCAUUUUGUGAACUUAUAGCUAGAAGUUCAGAUUAUAGAAACCCACAGCUGUGUACAAAGAAGAAAAACAUAGCUUUAGAAACAUAUAGAGCUUCCCAGUGGAAUGUCAAAUUGUUCUUAGUUUCUUUUAUUGCGCGCGUCCCACAUGUUGCGAAACAGCAAGGGUCUGCUCAUUUUGUAACAAUAAAGCCUGAUUUGUGGGCUAAAUUCUUGCUAGGCAUUGUCAAGAAACUGGUUAUCACAGGCUUGGCUUCAUGGUUGGCUGAA